AUGGCCGCCCAGCAGGGACCAAAGAGAGGGAACACUGGCAACCAUACAUAUGCUCACCCCUUGGAAGCUCUAGACCAUCUCUGCUCGAGCUUUCACAUGAUCUUAUGUGACAGGGGAGUGUCCUACCCUCUAGCAGCUCAAAUUGUGGCCUCGUGGAUCCGCCCGGUGACCCGCCGCCGCCAUUAUGGACUCCCACUGCGGGCCUUCGGGGCAGCCAUCCGACCAAGCAAGCAACGGCAAACGCAAGGGCGGGAAACCUCGGGCGCCAGCACCCGCGCUCCAGCAAACCAGAGCGGGACCCACCAACAUGCACAACCUGCUCCGCACACAAUGGCCCCGACAACCUCCGACCAGCAGAGCGCAACCCAACACAGGAGAACUCAGGAUGCCUGCCGUGAGGAUGACCAACAUACAGCAAUGCGGGCUACCAGAAAGCGUAACAGGCAGAGAACCCCGACAAGGAUCACCGCAGACGGAGCUUUGAUGGGACACCAGUCCUACCCUCACCAUCGGUGCACCUGGCAAGCCUCCAUAUACCCUCACUACCGGGGUUUCCGUUUCCCAGAUGUGGGAGUCGGCUGACUGUGAUCGGGACACUGACCAAUACAGCUCCCGGCUAACCUGCAAAUUACAAGACUGGGAGAUGACCGCUCAAGACAGGGGCCGAGGCGCAGACACUCUGGUGGUCUUGAAACUUUUUAUGUUGCCUAGGUACCCUUUUACAAGCAGAGAAUGCCAUAGCUACCAGUUUAUUUAAAAAUUGUGGAUUACAUAUUAUAUGUCCCAUGGUUGAUGCCUAAGUUUCCCCCCCUUUCUUUUGGUCUCGCAUAAGCUGUCUUACUAAUUGUUAAUCUAUAUGAUUGCAUUCACCAUUAUUUUCACAUAAAUUAUUAGUUAUGUGAUGCCUCAUAGCGGCCUACAUAGGUUUCUAAUGCUGCCAGGGAGGCGCAGGCCUGAUGGGAUAACAACUGACCCCCUUUUUAUUUUAUAACUUAGCCCGGAACACUCCUGACCAGCAUAAUAGCUACCUGACGAUACAAUAACAGCCACGGCACACACCACGCAGAUUAAGCUUCCCUAUUACCAUCAACAUAUGAAUGCAAGUUAGUGGGCCCUACCCUAAUGCCUAGUUAGCUAUUAUGCAGCAUAAUACUCUUUUGGCUAGAUAGCACAACGAAUCUACUCACUGUUACGAGCAAAACUCUGCCAUGAGACCCUUUAUUGUUUUUUACUCGAAUCACUCUUAUAGAAGAUUGCUUAGAACUAGCAUGUUGACGCAGAGUGCAUCCCAGCAUAGCAUUUAGCUUAACUUUAUUCAUACACUUAGUAGAUAUGCACUCAGAUGACUGAACACAAUAGCGAUACACAGUAUAAUGUUAACUAAGCUUGUUUCCUACCAUGUUAUUACUCAACUACCUUUAAACAUAAAAUUUGUGCCAGAUAUUGCAUGUACCCCUCUGUUAAACUGUCUACAAAGCGUUGGAGGAAUGCCAUUGGGGUACCUCACAACCGACUGUUAAAAGCCUAUGCACAACAAAAAAAAAGAAAAAAAAAAAAAAAAAGAAUUCAGAAAACAGCCAAACAUCCAGCCUUCUACGGACAGGUAAGUGGGCAGCAGCUGCAGGUAUCCUAUUGGAUGGGGUUAUUAGAAGAUGGGGGUCAGAGUUCGAUAGAGAUUAGAUUAAAGGAUGGUUUAUUAAUGGGCAUCAAUUCUAUAAAAUGACACAGCUUUCCUGUAGAUUGAAUAGUGUCAUCUUGAAAUGAAUGGGAGUAACAUAAGGGUUAAAAUAUUUUGAAUGUGAAUUUGAGUUUCAUCUCUUAGUUAUUCUCCUUAACAGAUGAGAUAAAAAAUGAAUAAAACAAUAAACGUGUGUAGCUUAUUCCAUUUGUAGUGAUUGCAUUAAAAUAAGCAGGCAAGAUAUAUAGGGGUGUAAAAAACAAGUCAAAUAUCUAGGAAUUAAUAAAGGUUUUUUGAGUCCCUGAUCAGACAGCACCAUCCUGGGAUGAAAUGCAGGAUGACAUGCGUCUUGAAAACUUUCACGGGUUUUAUAUAUUAAAUUGAAUUAUUUAACCAUUACAAUACAACCCAAAUAGCAAUGCAUAAUAUAUAAUGGCUUCUUGUAUCAUCUCCUAAACACACUCGAUUACUCCAGAAAUAUAACAUCAAAUGUGCAACAUAUGAAACUUGACUAAUCACUUUUUCUUUUCUCAAUAGGCUAGCUCUUAAAGCCGAGCCCCAGACAUUCCCCCAGAUAUCACCUAAUCUGGAUAUUUCUCCAGAAACUGAGAAGGGGAACAGACGGGAGCUGCGGGAACAGAAUGGCGGGUUUGUGGAAGAAGUUCUAAAAUGUUGCCAAGAAGGCACAUUUAGACGUCGCCUUCCCCCUUCUGUUACAUCUAAAUUUGCUGUGCUUGAUAAAAGGUAAAUACUCUGUGAUCACAUUAAUCAAAGGGGGGUCUUGUACUUUAUUUCUAUUGCUUUUGUUUUAACAAAUUGAGAUAUUAACCUCUGCGAUGGGUGCUGUAAAGAUCAGCCUGAACUUUUUGUUUUUUUUCUUUAAAAGCUUUAGACAUUAUGAAACCUAUGUCAGAUAUAAAAAAGAGGAGAAGAUUCCCGAUGUACCAUACUAUAUUCGGGUGACUCCAAAGAAAUCCAACGUAGAAAUACGAUAUGCUCGACCACCUAGGUAAGUGUACCAUGAGACACAGAAUAACCAACCGCAAUCCUAUAAGGUUAUCCAAAUAAAACUGCAUUGUCCUCAGUAAACCAAAACACUGGUUCUUUCACUGGCUGUCUGUGUACGCAGGAAACCAAGGCGAGAAGAACCACAGAUAGAGAAAUAUGUCAAUGGUCUUUCUGAGCCAACAUCACAAAUCACAAAAUAGACUAUUUACUGAUAUUACUGUAUCCAGAAUGUAAUGUAUGACACAUAGAGGAUGUGAUAGUGUCACUAUAAGUUGUGCAAUAAUGACUGAUGGAUAACAAGAGAUGGGGUAACUGACGGACCGGAAGAAUGGAAAGGGAGGAAAGGACAUCAUUGCUACAACUGUAUUUGAAUUUUUCCUCUUUUCAUUGCAGGGACCCAUUCCUUUUCUCUAAGGUAAAGCCUACAUUACUUCUAACUCAAUACAAAACAACUAAAAAGGCUCGAAAUGUCCCAGAAAAGGAAGUCAGCAAAAAAAGACUGGAAAAUGCAGAAACAUUCUGUGCAGAGUGUUAUAAACAGAAUAAUAUUCUACUGUCAGAACCUGUCACAAGUGUAGAUGAUAUUGUUUGUCAGCCUUCUACAGGCAGGUAAGUGGCCAGUGACUGCAGGCAUCAUAUUAGAUGGGGUUAUUGGAAGAUGGGGGUCAGAGUUGGAUAGAGAUUAGAAUAAAGGAUGGUUGGUUAAUAGGCAUAAUUUCUAUAAAAUAAUAUAGUUUUCCUGUAGAUUUAAUAGUGUAAUUGAAAUGAAUGGUUGUAAUAUACGGGUUAAAAUCCUUAAGAUGUAAAUUUGAGUUUAACCCCUUAAGGACCGAGGACGGUUCAGGACCGUCAUCGGCAUUUUUGCGUUGCCGACCGAUGACGGUCCUGAACCGUCCUAACGGUCAGAGCUACUUACCUGAUCGCCGUCGUUCCCCCGGCGGCGAUCAGCGUGGCUCCGGUUGUGGGGAGACUGCCUGCAGCCCAGACAGACAGUCUCCCCACACUGAAUUAGGACCCCUGUGGCCAUGUGAUCGCUUAACACAGCGAUCACAUGGUCACAAUAGGUGUCCUAGUGUCUGCCUGCAGGGGGACUGUCUGUGCUGACAGGCAGUCUCCCUGCUAGUGUAAAAUCAAAAAAUAAAAAUAAAGUUAAUGUUAAUAAAAAAUAAAUAAAUAAUUAUAUAUGUGUAUAUAUGAUAUAUAGACAUAUAUUAUAUCUAUAUAAUAUGUCUAUAUAUCAUAUAUAUAUAAUGUCAUACUAAGUGUAUUUUUAUAUUAAUAUGUACUUAUAUUAAUAUAAAAUACACUUAUAAUUAAAUUACACACGUAUAUAUAUAAUAUAUAUAAUAACUAUAUAUAUUGUAUAUAUAUAUUAUUAUAAAAUAUAAAUAAUAAGUAAUUUAAAUUAAAUAAAAUUUUUUUUAAAUAAUAAUAAAAAAUUAAAAAAAAAUUAUAUAGCUAUAUGAAAUUUUAUUCUAACUGUAUUUAAAAAUUAAUAUAUAUAUAUUUAUAUCAAAAUACACUUAGAAUGAAUUUGUAUAUAUAUCUAUGUAUAUAAAAAUAAAUAAAAAUAAUAAGAAAUAUACAUACGUCCAUAUACAAAAUUACAUAAAUAAUAAUAUAAAUAUACACGUAGACUUCAAAUAUAUAAAUAUGCAUAUAUAUUUAAAUUCUACGUGCGUAUUUAUGUAAUAUUUUUACAUAAUUAAGUAAUUUUAUUGAUUGCAAUUUGAGGGACCUGCCUGCCAACCCAGGCCGAAAGUCCAGAGAAUUUAAUUUGUUAGCACUGUAUUUUACCCUGUAACGUUCUAGGACACCCUAAAACCUGUACAUGGGGGGUACUGUUUUACUCAGGAGACUUCGCUGAACACAAAUAUUAGUGAUUCAAAACAGUAAAACAUAUCACAGCGAUGAUAUUGUCAGUGAAAGUGACUUUUUUUGCAUUUUCACACACAAACAGCACUUUUUACUGAUGAUAUAAUUGUUAUGAUACGUUUUCCAGUUUUUAAACACUAAUAUUUGUGUUCAGCGAUGUCUCCUGAGUAAAACAGUACCCCCCAUGUACAGGUUUUAUAGCAUUUUUGAAAGUUACAAGGUCAAAUAUAUGGGCCAAAUAUUUUUACAUUGAAAAUGGCCAGGUUGGUUACGUUGCCUUUGAGAGCGUAUGGUAGCCCAGGAAUGAGAAUUACCCCCAUGAUGGCAUACCAUUUGCAAAAGAAGACAACCCAAGGUAUUGCAAAUGGGGUAUGUCCAGUCUUUUUUAGUAACCACUUGGUCACAAACACUGGCCAAAAUUAGCGCUCAAUUUAGUUUUUUUACUUUUUUCACACACAAACAAAUAUGAAUGCUUACUUUGGCCAGUGUUUUCGACUAAGUGGCUACUAAAAAAGACUGGACAUACCCUAUAUUGAAUACCCUGGGUUGUCUACUUUAAAAAAAAUAUGUACAUGUGGGGUGUUAUUCAGAGAUUUAUGACAGAUAAUAGUGUUACAAUGUCACUAUUGAUAAAUUUUAAAAAUGUAUGUUUUGAAACCGCAAUAUCCUACUUGUACCUAUAGUCCUAUAACAUGCAAAAAAAAGCAAAAAAGCACGUAAACACUAGGUAUUUUUAAACUCAGGACAAAAUUUUGAAUCUAUUUAGCAGUUUUUUUCAUUUGCUUUUGUAGAUGAAUAAAAGAGUUUUCAAGUAAAAGUCAAAAAACAUGUAUUUUUUUCAAUUUUUCAUCAGAUUUUUGUAUUUUUUUUAAAUUAAAAUACAUGAGAUUAUAUAAAUAAUGGUAUGUAAAGAAAGCCCCUUUUGUCCUGAAAAAACAAUAUAUAAUUUGUAUGGGAACAGUAAAUGAGAAAGCGGAAAAUUACAGCCAAACACAAACACCACAAAAGUGUAAAAAUAUGCCUGGUCGCAAAUGUACAACAUCGCAAAAACAGUCCAGUCCUUAAGGGGUUAAUCUAUUAGUUAUUUUUCUUAACAGAUGAGAUGAACAAAACAAUGAAUGUGUGUAGCCCAGCCCAUAUGUAGUAAUGGAAUUUAAAAUAAAAUACGCAGGCAUGAUAUACAGCGGUAAAAAGAAGAUAAAAUAUAUAGGAAUUAGUAACGGUGUUUGAGACCCUGAUUGGGCAGCUCCAUCCUGGGAUUAAGCACAGGAUUAAUUUAGUCCAGACAUGUCACAAGUAUUGCACAUCAAAUUGAAUUAUUUAACCAUUAAACUACGACCCAAAUAGCAAUAUAUAAUGCUAAUUAUUUUAUCAUCUCCUAAACACACUCGGUUAUUCCAGAAAUAUAACAUCAAACGUGUGAAAUUUGAAACUUCACUAAUCACUUUUUCUUUCCUACUUGGGGAACCUCUUAAAGCAGAGCCCCAGCUCCAGGUUUCUUUCUAUUGUUGAUGUUUUGUUUUAACAAAUGGAGAUUUUAACCUCUAAGCUGGGUGCUGCAAGAAUUAGUCUGAACUUUUUGUUUUUUGUGUUUUUCUUUAAAAGCUUUAGACAUAAUAAUAACUAUGUCAGAUCUGGAAAAGAGGAGAAGAUUCCCGAUGUACCAUACUAUACUCGGGUGACUCCAAAAAAACCAAUGACUUAUGUUCGACCACCUAGGUAAGUGUACCAUGAGACACAGAAUAACUGACAAUAAUCCUAUAAGGUUAUCCAAAUGAAACUGCAGGGUCCUCAGUUAGCCAAUACCCAGGUUCUAUCACUGACUGUCUGUGUACACAGGAAACCAAUGAGAGAAGAUCCACAGACAGAGAAAGAUGUCAAUGGUCUUUCUGAGCCAACAUCACAAAUCACAAAUUGCAUUAGUUAACCAUUAGAAUACAACCCAAAUAGCAAUUCAUAAUAUAUAAUGGCUUCUUGUAUCAUCUCCUAAACAUACUCGGUUAUUCCAGAAAUAUAACAUCAAAUGUGCGAAAUAUGAAACUUCACUAAUCACUUUUUCUUUUCUCAAUAGGCUAGCUCUUAAAGCAGAGCCCCAGACAUUCCCCCAGAUAUCACCUAAUCUGGAUAUUUCUCCAGAAACUGAGAAGGGGAAGAGACAGGAGCCGCGGGAACAGAAUGGCGGGUUUGUGGAAGAAGUUCUAAAACGUUGCCAAGAAGGCACAAAGAGUCUUUGCCCUCCCCCUUCUGUUCCAUCUAAGUUUGCUGUGCUUGAUAAAAGGUAAAUACUAUGAGAUUACAUUAAUCAAAGGGGGGGGGGGAUAUUGUAGGUUUUUUUCUAUUGUUGAUUUUUUGUAUUAACAAAUUGAGAUUUUAAACUCUAAUAAUAUGCUCUAAUAAUCAACUUUUUGUUUUUUGUGUGUUUCUUCAAAAACUUUAGACAUAAUAAUAACUAUGUCAGAUAUGGAAAAGAGGAGAAGAUUCCCGAUGUACCAUACUAUAUUCGGGUGACUCCAACAAUAACCAACAAACCAAUGACUUAUGUUCGACCACCUAGGUAAGUGUAUCAUGAGACACAGAAUAACUGACCAUAAUCCCAUAAGGUUAUCCAAAUGAAACUGCAGGUUCCUCAGUAAGCCAAUACCCUGGUUCUCUCACUGGCUGUCUGUGUACACAGGAAACCAAUGAGACAACCACAGACAGAGAAAGAUGUCAAUGGUCUUUCUGAGCCAACAGCACGAAUCACAAAUUGCAUUAGUUAACCAUUACAAUACAACCCAAAUAGCAAUGCAUAAUAUAUAAUAACGUCUAUUAUCAUCUCCUAAACACACUCGAUUACUCCAGAAAUAUAACAUCAAAUGUGCAACAUAUGAAACUUCACUAAUCACUUUUUCUUUUCUCAAUAGGCUAGCUCUUAAAGCAGAGCCCCAGACAUUCCCCCAGAUAUCACCUAAUCUGGAUAUUUCUCUAGAAACUGAGAAGGGGAAGAGACGGGAGCCACGGGAACAGAAUGGCGGGUUUGUGGAAGAAGUUCUAAAACGUUGCCAAGAAGGCACAAAGAGUCUUUGCCCUCCCCCUUCUGUUCCAUCUAAGUUUGCUGUGCUUGAUAAAAGGUAAAUACUAUAUGAUUACAUUAAUCAAAGGGGGGGGUGGAUAUUGUAGGUUUUUUUCUAUUGUUGAUGUUUUGUAUUAACAAAUUGAGAUUUUAAGCUCUAAUAACCUGCUCUAAUAAUCAACCUAAAUUUGUUUAUUUUUUUUUUGUGUGUUUCUUCAAAAACUUUAGACAUAAUAAUAACUAUGUCAGAUAUGGAAAAGAGGAGAAGAUUCCCGAUGUACCAUACUAUAUUCGGGUGACUCCAACAAUAACCAACAAACCAAUUACUUAUGUUCGACCACCUAGGUAAGUGUACCAUGAGACACAGAAUAACUGACAAUAAUCCUAUCAGGUUAUCCAAAUGAAACUGCAGGGUCCUCAGUUAGCCAAUACCCAGGUUCUAUCACUGGCUGUCUGUGUACACAGGAAACCAAUGAGAGAAGAACCACAGACAGAGAAAGAUGUCAAUGGUCUUUCUGGGCCAACAUCACGAAUCUCUGGGGAGUACUAGAGCAACGUGACUUACUAGGCAUUACCUAAUUUCAAUAAGAUAUGAAUUUUAAUAUAAACAUAAGCUUUAAUAAUACAAAAUUAACUAUAUACUGAAAUGACAGAAAGUAUAAUGUAAUGUGUGAACCAUAAAUGGUGUGAUAGUAUCACUGUAAGCUGUGCAAUACUGACUGAUAAAGAGUGAAAGAGUUGCUGACAGGAUGAAAGUGAGAGGAAUAUGAUACGUGACAAAAUGGGCUGAUGGAUGGAAAGGGAGGAAAGGAUAUCAUUUUUUACAAUUUUUUUUCUUACUUUUCCUAUUUUCAUUGCAGGGACCCAUUCCUUUUUUCUAAGGUAAAGCCUACAUUACUUCCAAAAAAACACAUAGCAACUAUAAAGGAUGCAAGUGUCCCAGAAAAGCAAGUAGACACAAAUGGACUGGAAAAUGAAAAGAAAUAUUCUGCAGAAUAUUGUGAUCAGAUUCCUAUUCUACAUCCUGAACCCAUCACAAGUCUAGAGGAUAUUCCUUGUCCUCUGCUGAAGUCUAUGUCUCUAGAGCCUACAGAGGUUAUCACACGUUUAGAAGACAACAAUUCUCUAGAAUGCACUGUUUGCACUAUCGAACCUCAUACAAACAGAUUGACAGAGGAGAUUCCAGUACACCUUGGGCACCCACAGUCCUCUUCGAGUUGUUCACCUGAGCUUACACAUCUAGAUUCUAAGAACCCAAUCACAGUUCAUUGUCAUUCCGUGCAGUUUAUGUCUCCAGAGCCUACAGAGGUUAUCACAUGUUUAGAAGACAACAAUUCACUAGAAUGCACUGUUUGCACUAUCGAACCUCAUACAAACAUAUUGACAGAGGAGAUUCCAGUACACCUUAGGCACCCACAGUCCUCUUCAACUUGUUCACCUGAGCUUACACAUCUAGAUUCUCACGACUCAAUCACAGUUCAGGAACCUGGUAGUCUACUAGAGAGCCCAGUUUGUCCUGCCAAACCACACACUGGUGAAAUGUUAGUGGAGCUGCCAGUAAACAAUGUGACUUAUCACUCUGAGACUAAUUUGGAUUCCCCCACUAUUCAGCCAGAGGGGUUGCUUCAAAUCAAUCAAGAGAGCAUCGCUGAGCAGAACCAAACUGAGAUUAAGAAUAAUCAACCUGAAGCACGUGUGAGCCUGAGCAGUGAUCCCGGAGAGCAGCCAUUGCCAAAGAAAGAAGACAAAGAAAAAGGACCACCUGGUGAGGCCGGUAUAGUACCAAUGCAAAUCACAGAAAGCCAAGACCUUGCGGUACCUGCACUCCAAGAGAAAACAAAUAUUAAAACAAAGGUAGAAAGAAUACGCUAUGAUAGGGAUUCUUUACUACAAUUCCAAUCAACCACACUGCAGCCAAAGGACUUCUUCGAAAUCUUAAAUAUCUACCAAGGUAUGCUUAUUAGACCUCACCUUCGGCCAGUGCAUCCAUCACAACUUACCAGGAAGAAUUGCACACCUAUAUCUGAAAAUGUUUCCCGUUGUGCUAAGGGUAAUCACAGACAACGACCUGGAAUGGGUCAAAUGAGAUCUCAUCACACUCCUGGUAAAGAACCUCGCAGGAUCCUUCAACUACAUGAGAACAUUACACUGCAAAAAUCUGACAAAGCUUGGAAACCUCCAAUGAAAAGGGCAAACAAAGAUACCAACAAUGUCAAGACACAAGAAUUGCUUUGCAAAGUCCGUGGUAUUCUGAAUAAGAUCACUCCACAGACGUUUCAAAACCUUAUCAAACAGCUGAAGGACCUCUCUGUAGAGACAGAGUAUGAGCUGAAAGGCGUUGUAGAACUCAUUUUUGAAAAAGCGAUAGCAGAGCCACAUUUCGCUGUUAUUUAUGCUAGUAUGUGCAACUGGCUAAUGAGGCUUCAGGUCCCAACCGAAGACAAUCGUGAAAUCUGCAUUACGUUCCGCAGGCAGCUAAUAAGCCUCUGCCAGAAGGAGUUUGAGAGAGGGGAAAAUGGAGGUGAAAGAAUUGAAAAAUUGCAAAAGGAACUGGAUGCAGCUACGUUACCUGAGGAAAAGUCUCGAUUAAAGGAGGAAUUAAGUGAAGCCUGCAAGAAAUCACGCAAGCGAUCCCAAGGGAACAUCACAUUUAUUGGGGAGCUAUGUAAAUUAAAAUUACUUUCUGAAGACACCAUGAAAGACAUUCUUAGUAAACUAUUGAACAGGAACAGCGAAGAGUCCAUGGAAUGCAUCUGCCUUCUGCUAACAUCAAUUGGGAAGUACCUGGAAAAUGGAGAGUCUUACAUGGAUGACUAUUUCAACAAGGUUGGUAUCUGUAUUAAAAACAAGUCAAUAUCUUCACGGAUUCGAUUUAUGGUGCAAGAUGUGCUGGAUUUAAGGAAAAAUCACUGGAUCCCUCGACAUAAACCCCAGGGUCCGAAAACCAUAGAUCAAAUUCACAAAGAGGCAGAACUGGAAUCCAGAGGAAAAGCGCAGUGA